CCCUCUUUGAUAUUUGCCCGUUCACUUUACUAUCAUCUCUCUAUCUCCCUUGAGCUCUCACUCCUCAAAGAGAGAGAGACAGAGUUUCACAGUCAGUCGUAUUCCUCCUCAAGCUUGAGAAAUCAGAUCUCGCUGAAACUCACCGGAGAGGAGAGCUAUGGCUGAAAAGAAAGUAACAAUGGUCAUAACGGUUGACCUGAAGUGCUAUCGCUGCUACAAGAAGAUCAAGAAAGUGAUCUGCAAAUUCCCUGAAAUCCAAAACCAAGAAUUCGACGAGAAGCAGAACAAGGUGCGAAUCACCGUGGUAAGCUGUUGCCCUGAGAGAAUCCGUGACAAAAUAGCCCGCAAAGGUGGAGAAACAGUGGAGAGCAUCGAGAUAGUCCCCGAGAAGAAGAAGGAGCCCGAAAAGAAGAAAGAAGGCGAGAAGCCUAAGGAGGAAGAGAAGAAGAAGGGAGGGGAUAAACCAAAAGAGGGCGAAAAGAAGAAGGAUGCACCAGCUGCAGAAAAACCGAAAGAAGGCGAGAAAAAGAAAGAGGGAGGAGGAGGAGGAGACAAGCCUAAAGAAGGCGAAAAGAAGGAAGCGCAAGUUCACAAGCAUAUUGUCGACCCCGUUUCAGGAUAUCCCAUGAUUUAUCCGAGUGGAAUGUACUACCAGCCGCCUCAGCCGUAUUACCAAGGAUACGGCGCCGUGCCAUACUAUCACGGGGUGCCGGCUUACGACAGUGAGGGCGGUUAUGGUGUGAAUAGGGGCUAUAACACAAACCGCUCCGACUACUUCAGUGAAGAGAACCCUGAGUCGUGCACUGUCAUGUGAUUGGAUCAUGAAUAGGUUGGCGUCGCAUGUACACGUUCACUUGCUAAAGGUUUUAUUUUAUAUCAGUUGUGCUUAGUUGGAGGAUCUGUCAAAUUUGGUGGAUGCUUGUAUUUGUUCGUAUGAGACAGAAGGAACAAUAAGGUUUGGUGGGAAGGUCAAUGAUUUUAUGAUCCUGUUUGAGG